AUGUCUGAUCAUGACACUUUCCCAUUCGUGGUCAAUUACUACACAUCCGGAGAGACAAAAUGUACCUUUCAGUUGAGGAACGUAGAUGACGACGAGAACUAUUCCCUCUUUCUUGACCUGCUAUCGGAAAUCGUCGACGCCUUUAUCACCCGGAAAACCAAGAAGUUUUGUAAAUUCCUCAAUCCUUCACCGGAUUUAAAAAAAGAUCUGCAAGAUUUGAACAGGAAGCGCAAGGGAUGGCUGUUCGAAAUUGAUGACGAUGCUUUGCUGCAAAAGCUACGUGAUAAAAUUACCAGCUCGGUCAAAGAACUCAUUUCUCCUUACCCAGCACAUGGCAAAAUUGCUAGCUUAGACGUUACUGUCCACGACGAUUUUGACCCCUCAGGAGAACUUCAGAAAGUCAUCGAGACUAACGCUGCUGAGUUUUCUUAUGCCGAGUCUGAAGCUGGUGAAGAUACAAGUAUCGAAGAAGAGAAAGAUGACUACGUGGUAGAUGAAAACCCUCCAGACGAAGGAAAAGAAAUUGAUGAUGCGACUCUUUCAAAUCCCGAAAAACCAUGCUAUUUUCCAACACAGAUUGAAAUGGCUGCAAUCCUUAAGCAGCGAAUAGAGGCCAUAAUGGAGUAUUAUCACGGAAUCGCGAAACUCAGUGAGGCUUUUGAUGAUAUUGACUUCACAGUAUACACAGCUCGGUACCGCAUGCUUAGCGAUCAGACCGAGCAAAGGAUCUGUCACCCAGACGCUGGCGUCCUAUCAGUAGAGGAACUGACGUCACACAAAGGGGGCAAUGGAAAGAAGAGAAUGUUUAUGUAUGGUCACGGCGAGGAUGCUGACAUGCACUUUGAACAUCUCAAGAAAGAGGUCCAAGAAAAGCCCAAAACCCUCUUCAUCAUUAUUGCAGACGAGUGCCACUGGGGAAUCACUAAAGACAAGGACCAAAAGUCAUCCGCACAUAAUCUGUUCAUCAAUAAAUGGUGCGAGGAAUCACCCAGAAAUGUCGUUGUAGUUCAAAUCUCCGCAACACCUUUCAACCUACUAACUCAAGACUCUCGCAUUCCUGAAGUCCGUUGUCUUGUUCUCCAUGACAAAUUCACUACCACUCGAAAAACGUACAAGGCAGGAGAUCUCUUUGUCGAAGAAAGUGAGCCUGAGAUUGAAGAUCGUAUCAAAGAAACGGCUAAGGAAGUAGAGCUUCACGUCGUCCACUGGUCAGAAGUCGAGGUAAAGAACUUUGAAAGGGGAAUGCGAAUGAAACUCAAGUCAACAUUAUCAGAGAAAGGCUUACGCUCUUUAGACCGUCACGUCUUGCGAGAUGCAAAACUCAAUGAAUCGCCUGAAGAGGGUGAUUCUCUGUCUGCAUACCUUCAAGUGUUUCCAGACGGUAACCUGCAGGUAACGCCAGAAGAGACCGAUGCCACGGUUUUUGAGGUACAAGGCAGCCACGGUAUCGUUACAAUUAAAGCCGUGGUAAGCGAAGAGAAAGUGUUAACCAUAACUAAAGAUGAGAGUGGUUCAUUAAAGGCCAUGGAUCACCCGUCGCAGCCUACAAAGUUUAGAGUAAGGCUCGAUUAUGGCGUCGGAGUCGUUGCGUUUGUCUGUUCUGAUAGAUUAGAUCUAUAUUUGACAGUUAAUGAACUUGGCCACGUCCAACUGCAACCAGCUAAAGUGGAAAGAAAAUGUGGGGUUGCCAUCACGAAAUCCAGGAAUGACUUGGGAGAAGUGUCUUUCGAGUUCUAUAUGAUAAAGUGUGGGCCAAAAGAAGUGGACAUGGUUGGACGGCAGUACGUGAGCUUGAACUACUACCUUAGUACAAUGAACAGCAAAGAACAAAAGAUACGCGAAGACAAGUACUUUCAAGAGAUUGUGAAGAAAGCUAGAGUUCAAAAGAAGGUGCAGAAAAGCGACUCAUCAUCCUUUACGACUGACGCCAUGCUUUGUGCAGAGUACUGCUACUACGUUCUCCACAUGAGCACAUACGACAGCGAUGACAAUGUACGACAGGUACUCAGCACAGAUAUGCACGAAUCUCCCUCUGCUCAGUUCUGUAAGACAUUCGAGUCCUUUGUGAGAAACCUCAAGGAAGACACAAGGUGCAUUGAUCCCGAAGUAUUUGAGUGGGUUCAAAAAGAACUUUGCGAGAAGGUCAAGGACGAUUUCAAGAAGGACUUUGUAGCGCUGCAGAAUAGCAAAUCAUUUAAUGAUGAUGGCAUAGAAUUCAAGAAACGCAGAGAGGAGCUGGUCAAUUCUUACGUCGCCUGUUUGAUGCAUCUCACCCCUCGGGAGCUUCGAAACUUACAAGAGACGUACGCUAUUGUUAAAGAUAUCGAAGAAGACCUGAAAGAAAACUACUGCAAGAAGCUGGUGAAAAUUUGGAACAGCCUUGUUCAGGAAUCCGAAACAAAUCGCUUAGUGAAAAGUCUUAUCAAAAGUGGCAAACAGGGUUCAGGAAAAAUGAAAAUUGUACGAGCUAAGAGCAGGAAAACUGCCAAUCAAUUUUUCCACACGCUUAUACAAGCUAGAAAACUAGUGUCUCAAGACCACUGCUUUGAGGUCAUCAGAGAUUAUGGUGGAUUUAAUUUAAAGAGACUCAUGACAUCAUCAAGCACUUUUUUUCAGAAGCUUCAGCCAAGGAAAUGCCAGUUUCAAUUUGAGUGCCCUUGCAGCGAUCUUAAACUCCCUCCUGGGCGCCCGAAGUGUGGUAAUUGCCAACACGUGCACAAGUCAAUCACCCAGUAUGAAGACUUACAGAAUCUUGCGUGUGUCCUCAUCCUUGUCGAUAAAGGGCGCAUGGGUGACACAUUUCCCGAAAGCUUUGACUGCCUGGAUCUCCGUCUAAGCUACGAUGAAGGUUCGCCUAUAAUUCUUUCCACUGUUAUCCAAGAACUGGGAAGAAUGUGCCGUUACGCAAAGCUAUCUGCUGAUGGAUCCUUUGUUCAAAACGUUCCUUAUGCGUUGGUUGGAGCGCAGUUGUUUAAAAGGCUCAAAAUGUCUUUGGACACGUCCCCUGCAGUAAACGCCAUUUCCUGUACCAGAGCCGAUAGCUACAUGAAAAACAGCAAAAGCAAACGCAAGGAUUUCACUUCGCUUCGUUGGUUGGACUACGAAGCCGACAAGGAAAGCUAUGAUUACCAAAACAAGUACAAAGAAAACAACAAGCACUGCAACAGAAUCCUUCUCCAGGCUGAACCCCAAAUCGGUAAAACUGGAACCUACCUGUGCCUCAUAAAACAACUACGACAGGACAUCCUUGGAAAGAAAAACGUAUCUUCAACCAUGUCUGCUUCAUUUGAAGAGGGGAAGUUUUAUCUGAUCAAGGAAAUCAAUGAUCCUGUUGCCCAACCACUGAUGGGUGAGAAAAACGAAGCAGAAAACUGGAAUUUUCCCUACUGGAAGACAAUCCAGGAAUCUCCAAGCCUUCUCCAAAAAUCUGUGGGACCUGGAAAGUACUCAAUUGGAGGGCUUUCCUACGCUCAUGACAUGGACCAAAGCCCUUUUAUUCUCAUGAAACGUGAAGGAUCAUCACAGCUAGCGAAGUCCGUUUAUGAUCAUCAGGUUGACAACUGUCCAAAUAGUACGUUACGCGCUUGGCAUUGGCACCACUUUGAGAACUGUGCCGAGUGCGGGAGAUUCCUCGAAGGCAAAGAACCAGUGAUAGAAACUGUUAUGGUGAACAUGGAUGGUAUGCUGGUGACUAUAAAGUGUUCGGUACCAGCAAGCCGCCGCCCCUACAACUGCCUGUUGGAAAAGCUCAUGAAUAGCACAUCAGCAGGAGCGGGUUGGACCGAAGACAGCCUGGCUUCAGCAAUAAGAAGUGUUCCUUCUUCGUUGUAUUGGCUCUUUCAUCCCUCCCACAGAGAUGAUCCUCGUAAAUGCCUCUUGAAUUACCACCACGCGCUGCAAAACGAAAACAAAGAGAAAACCUUUUUUCAAGUCGCUGUUGUUCGAAGGGAAAAGUUUCAAGAUUAUGUUUCCACCUGGGGAAAGAUGCUCCUCAUUUUCCAGUUGCCAGAUCAACUACCUAUGGAAGGUGAAGAUGAAGAUGUCGGACCAAGUGAAGGAGGGAUUGGAUACGCCAGGCGGUUUAUCCAGAAAAUGGCAUUUGCCCUAAAGCUGGAGUAUGUUUUCGUGAUCGAUGACAAUGUAGCGUUAAUGUCAGAAGCACAACUCAGCCCUGGUGAACCGGCGACUUGUAACGAUGCAGUUGUCAGAAACGACAAAGGUGUCAUGCGAAUGCAACCAUGCUCUUUCUGGAAGCCACUAAAUUAUCUCCAGAGGAUAGUGCGUGGAAAGGAUGAACCUCCUGAUGUCCGAAAGCAAUAUGAGCCACAUCCGUUGACAGAAGAGUUUGAUCGUCAAGAUUUUCCGCUGUACAGGUACACAGGACCCGCCAAGCUGUUCGGAGACAAGCAACAUGAGAGUUAUGGCGUUUUGGGUCUUCUUAGAAGUGUUCCAAUCACAGUGAAGCCAUUCGCUAAGACCCAAGUAUACGCUGCUGUUUUGCUGAACGUCAAAAGCACAGUUGAGAAGAGAGUGUUGUACCGGCCAUGGCCUUGCUGGGAAGACCUACGUUUUAACGAUGACUGUGACAAAGAAGGUUUGUGGGUGGUAAAAUGCAAUCGUUUCCUCUUUCACAAAGUCCAGUACAAUGACUGGAUAAACAGCCUUGUCCUUCCAGGUAUCUUCCAAUGGACAGAAGAUACUAAAGUGGAGAAACGACCUCCUGAAAGCACGCUGCCAAUCAAAUUGGAAGAGGGCAUUAUCCUUGAGCACCUUCGUGGCCUAGUUAACGGAGAGGGUCAUGAGAAAUGUUUUGAUGGGGAGAUUGGAUACAGUGACACGCAGGAUAGCGACUCUGACAUCUCUCCAAUGCAAUUGCUAGAACAGCUGAAAAUAAACAAGCACGCGAAUUCUGCCCUGGCCAUGCCGGUUCCAGUCCUUAUUCUUGCUUACUCUGUUCUGGAACAAGAAAUAGAAGACUUGUUAAAGCUGGAGAAGCUAUAUUGUCUUGCCGAAGAGAAGAUAGUUUUCAUCGUCAGUGCCCAAGAAGCAGAAGACGAGUUGAAGAACAACAUGACACUUGACUGCGUAGAUAGGGGAAUUUUAAAAACCAAGCUUAUGAGAAAAAGAAAGGCUAAAUUUGACAUAUUUUCAGCAGCGGACCCCAGUCGACAUCUUUUGCGGUGGAUUGUGAUCGAGGCAUCGUUCAGGGGUGAAGACAUCAGCCUAUCAGAUGCUACUGAUACACCUCAAGGCAUCAUUGGUGUUUGUAAAAAGAGUGUCAGCAAGAGAUCAGUGGAAGUGAUCGUCGACGGAGCAAAGGAAACCUCACCGCAGACCGCAAGACUGUCGGAAAAGGAAGUCGGGGAAGAUAUGGUUGUUGAUCCAAACACAUUUGCUAAUCAGCUGGAGUCUGAGCAGCACACAGUGGUUUCGUUUCUACCCAGCGCACCAGGCAGCGGUAAACGGGUUACGGAUCAUAGUACUAUACCUGUAACAAGUAAAAAGAAGAAGAUCGAGACCGGCACUUGCAACUCUACCUCUACAGACACCGUGAGUCCUAAAAUGGCAGCGACUCUUGGUGAGAGUUCCGAGACCGAGCAAAAGGAGGCUCCUCCAGCAGUACAGCUAGGUCAAUCGUCAACCAGAGAAGCCGCCAGGGGGGCAGAGGCAGGGAUUGUGAAAUCUGAGCUACAAGAAGAAGUUGUAUCAUCUACACGUACUCUUUCUAUUGCUGUUGAAAGGAAGGCACCCAAAGGAGCAAGUCAACAGGAUGUGGAAAAUGACGUUCCUCCUGCAAGUAAACGAACCAAAAGUCAGAUUACAGGGCUCACUCCAGAACACCCGGCAUACAUGCGAGGUACAAGCGAAGUUACAAGAUUGAUAGUUGAGCUUUGGAGGGAAAAAAUGAGGAUCAAAGGCAACGAAGAUAUAGACCCCCAAAAGGUUAAAGAUAACCUGAAUAACUUCGGAACUGAAGAUUUAGAAAGACUUGAUGAUGAAGGCUUCUCAGCUUUAACUAAAGCUUGUUCACUUCCUUCCAUGAGUCCACGUAUUGUAAGCUAUCUUCUUAACAAGAAAAUGGUGGACGUCAAUUCUCAACUACCUGACUGGUUCAGAACGGGCGACAGAGAGGCCGCAAACUUAAUCCCUUUAAUGUCAGCCCUGUCUAUGGCUUUACUGAGAGGGAAUGUGAAAUGCGUUUCGACCUUCAUGCAGAGGAAAAGCGUGAUUAAAUUCGAAAGUAAAGACAAGAAAGGCAACACAGCUUUACAUUAUUGUCUGUCAACUCGAGAAGCAUUCGAAAAGCUCUGGCCAAAUUACGAGAAGAUGAACUGGCAUGAUAUGAAAAAUGACGAAGGAAGGAACCCCUGCGAUGAUGCUAAAGAGAAGUAUGAGAAGUCCAGUCCUACGAUAGUAACAAAGAGAAAGAAAGUUACCACAAACAAAACUCGAGAGGCUCUUGAAUUCGCCAUUAACAAAAUGGACCCAGAAUGGUUGAAAAAUAGGUAUGUCCUUUUUUUCUUAAAUUACGGGGUUUAUCCUACUACAUGAGAAAUAUCUACAAUUUGAUUGGCCUAGAGCAGUGGUAUUUCAGCUUAAUUUGAAAUACCUAUAUGUGAAAAUUGCAAAAAUUUUGCGGGUAGUAGUAUAAACAAAUAAUAGCAUGAUUUGUACGUGAAUUUCGAAAUAUCACUCGUGGUAUUUAUGCCAAAUAUCACUACAAAUCAUGCUAUUACCUAUAAAAAUUCUUAGCUAGAUAUAUAGACUGAACCACACCCUUAUGACACAAAUAUAAAGAUUACUAAGGCCUGUUUUAAACGUCGUGCUACUGCCGUGCUAAGCUGGCUCGACUGUAGCUCGACUGCAGCACGACACUAGCGCGACUUGGUUUCAGACGUCGAAUUUAAUUCAGUCGAAUAGAACGGCUGUUGCCGAAAACAGAACACAAUAAUAAAGAAACGGUUCAGCAAAGUUUUAAAUGUAUUCUAAUGCAUUUGUAAUUUAUGAAUUGAGUUGGGCACGGCGGUAGCACGACGUUUGAAACCAAGUCGAGCUACUGCCGUGUAGCACGGCAAGGCUUGCCGUGCUACACGGCAGUAGCACGACUUGGUUUCAAACGUCGCGCUACCGCCGUGCUAAAGUCGAAUUAAAUUCGAUCAAUUGAGUUCGGCACGGCAGUAGCGCGACCGAAACGGGCCUAAGGCAUCUAGAGUUUACACCGGUAAGACCUGUUUGAAACGUCGUGGUAGUGUCGUGCCAAGCUCAAUUGAUUGAAUUUGACCUAAGCGUGUUUUAAACGAUGUGGUCUUACUACUUUUGUACAUCACGACAGCACAACUUUGUUUUGCUGAAACGUUAAGCCGUGCGAACUCAAUUCAUAAGUUAUAAAUACGUUAGAGGACAUUUGAUAAGUUGGCGAAACUUCUUUUUGUGUUUUGGGCAAUUUUGGUAUUUUAUUCGACUGAAUUAAAUUUCAUAAGUAGGUUUAGUAUGACCGUCCGGGUAAACGCAGUCCGGAACAGGACAAGGUUUUUGUUGACAGUGACUAACGUUUCGACAACCUGCAGCUGUGCGGCAGUCAUCUUCAGAGUCAAAGUGAGUUGUAUCACGUCAGUCUGCCGUUUGGUUGUUGACCUGAUCAGUCAAUGAAGGCGCGAUGUUAUUGGUCGUCUGUCAGUUAAGCCCCGAUGUUAAAUCCGACGUCUGAAUCCAAGUCGUGCUUCAGUCGAGCCAGCUUAAAACACAGCGGGGGCGCGACGUUUGAAAAGGCCUGAUAUUGCGCUCGUUGCAAAGCGCCUGUUAUCUCCCUAUGUUGGAUUUAUUAUCUGGUUCGAACAAGAGUUGCGUCCAAAUUUUUUUACUGUACCUGUAUACCGUAUUUGUUCUAAGAGCGCUGCCCUGUAUAGGCAGGCAGGCAGGCAGGUACGCAUACGACGUGUACAACACUUAGCGACUAGUAAGAAUUUCUCUUGUAAUCAGCGUUAGUGACAAGGAGUUCAACGUUUUUUUCUCGGUAACGUUAUUUUAUAACAUCAAUGGACCUUUUUGCUGUGUUUGCAUAUCUUCAUAAAAACACUCAAAGGGUUGAGAGAGUUUACGAAAGUUAUGCAAAACCUCGACUUUAUCCACCUCGGAUUUUCAUAACUGUCUUGGAAAAAGUGAUGAAAAGUUGACGCCCUAUUUCCGAGUUGGAAAGUCAAUACACCGCUUAUUCGAGUUGUGCAAUUUUAUUUCACUCAGGCAAACUGGAGUUAAAGAUUGGGAAGUUUAGACGUUAGACCUUUCCGGCCAGAACCUGUUCAAGCGACCAUUUUCUCCACCUCUGAGGUUCAGCUUCCUUUAUCAGUACCUUCAUCGCAGUCUUGGUUUGUUGCUGUGACAGAAUUUCCUGUACUUCACCUGACCGUAGACAUGUUAGGCCCCGUUUAUAUGGAGAAACGUUGUUCUAGUAAACAGAGUCACCCUCCCAGCCCAGUCAACUUUAUGAAGCGUUUAUAUGAGAAUUAAGCUGACCCGUUGUCCAAGGCCAAAAGCGUUCGAGCAUGCUAUAACUAGGGAGUUUAAGCUGCGACGUUUUUGAGCCACGCACGUCAAUAACGGGAAGCGUGCUUUGUGCCCUCUUGAACCGAGAUUUUGAACAAUGUUUUGAGUAAAUCGUCUUUAUAAGAGUAUAAGAGUAAAAAACCGGUUGACGUGCGUCGCUGAAAAAAAAAACGCUGCUUAAACUCCCUAUUGUCUGGCCUUGACGGAGUCAAUCCGACUGAACGAGCCGAAGUGUUUACAUUGAGAAAUGUUGGCCCGGCUUGGAAGGUGACCCUUUAUAAAAAAUUCUAACCGCAUCUUCCGUUUUUUUCUUUCUCAUGUAAACGGUUCACCACGUUUAUUAAGGAAAUGUAGGAAAAGUUGUCUCCCCCGGGGUAACUCGGGUAGGUGAGUUACCCGGCUUGUACCCGGGACAAGUUUUCUCCUUAUAAAACGGUACUUUAGCUAGGCCUCGCAUAACCUGCGAGCAGAGGUUUCUGUCUUACAUGUAAUUUAGCGUUUACGAAGUCGUUCGCGUGGCUUAUCUGUCGCGUAGUUGGUUUGUUUACGUCUCGUGUUGACUUCAUAAACGCUAAAAGCCACGCAAGAGGGAAACCUCUGCUCCCAGGGUAAACCUCAUAACACUGUGAGGGGUAAAUGUCAGGGAGGUUAAAGACCUACGACGGUGAUAUAGCAUUGGGUACUUAAAGGAAACCUCCUCCAUUAUUUUCAAGACAAUGACCUUGACCUGUUAAAAUUCCAAUUCAUUUUAUUAACAAAUUGAAAGAAAAAGGGGGAUAUCAAUACUAGCUGUUUUUCUUUUUAUAGUAACAACAAAUUUAACCAAAUGUCACCUUAGCAAUUUAAGAUGACUGUGCGCAUAUUUACUAUGCCUAUUUUUCGUAUCUUAAUCAGAAAGAGAAAAGGCCACAUUCGAUUUAUCAAAAUAAUUUCGAGGCUGAAAUUUUUACGAUUCCCCUUCUGGCCUCAAAGAAAACCAAGCAAAAUAUAGAAGUAUGUGGAAAGCCUACGGGUCUUCCACUCCGGGUCGAACGCUGACCAUUGAAAAAGUCGUUAAAACUAAUGGUCUAACUAAGUCUAGACGAUCGGUGAUAAUUCAGCUUACUUUAUGCAAGAGUUUAAAUUACACGUCGAAAAUUCAAAAGCAAAAUCAGCUGAUAGCUUUAUCCAUUUUCCGUUACAUCUUAAUUUUCUUUCUCCUUUUUAUAACAAUUAAGAAUUCCCUUGUGCCAAUGUCACUUCGUUGUAAUAGUCAUAACGGUCCCCUCUCUUGUUCGGUUCCCUGUUAUCUUAAGCUAUGUGCAAAAGGACGCAACAACUCCCAACAUUGUUGGGUCAACAAUGUCGGAAGAUGUUGCGUUCGUGUUGGUGAUGGUAUGCAAACGGAUGCAACAACUCCCAACAAUCUUCGGACCUGCAGUACUCGUAGGAAGGAUACAACCCAUGAGACCUUUUUAAACACUUUAAUUCUAUCUUGGCGCGUGCGUGGCCCUAACAAUGUUGGAAGAGCUGUGCAAACGGAUCCAACACUGUUGCGCUACGCCUCGACGAUCACGGAACAAAAGAAAUGUUGGGAGUUGUUCGCUCAAAAGUUUAACCCGUUUCAAACUUCG